AUGGAGACUCUAGAGGCGAACUAUGUCGAAUCUCUGCCAACGACCCAAGAUGCUGAUACGAAGAAUAAUAUUCAGCCUUACGGGCAGGCGGUUGGUACCUCCUCGAAGAAUCCAUUAAUUAAGAUUAUUCAGAAACCGUUGUCUGAAACUGGUCUCACAAACAACACGAAUAGUGGCACAGAUAAAGAUUGUUCAGGUGGCGAAGAGGAAACAACCAGCAGGAGACGGAGGAAAAGCCGUUGGGAUCCUCCGCCAAGCGAAGAAACUGGUGCCGUUGGCGAUGGAACCGGAACAUCGGGCACGAGAAAGAGGAAAUCGAGAUGGGCAGAUGAUGAACCGAAGCCACUCAUACAGCUUCCUGAUUUUAUGAAAGAUUUCACUUUAGGUAUUGACCUUGAUCCCGAAAUUCAAGCACUUAACAUUAGGCUUCUUGAAAUAAGUAGAAAAUUUCAGUCAGGGCUUCCCUUGGAUGAUAGACCUGAAGGUGCUAGAUCACCUUCUCCCGAACCAAUUUAUGAUAACUUGGGCAUUCGAAUUAACACAAGAGAAUAUCGAGCUAGGGAAAGAUUAAACAAAGAGAGACAAGACAUCAUAUCACAGAUUAUAAAGAAAAAUCCAUCUUACAAGCCCCCAGCAGACUAUAGGCCACCAAAACUUCAGAAGAAGCUUUACAUACCUAUGAAAGAAUAUCCAGGCUACAACUUUAUCGGGCUCAUAAUUGGUCCCAGGGGGAAUACACAGAAGAGAAUGGAAAAGGAAACAGGUGCCAAAAUUGUAAUCAGAGGUAAAGGGUCAAUGAAAGAAGGCAGAAUGCAGCAGAAAAAGGACUACAAACCCGAUCCCUCUGAAAAUGAAGAUCUGCAUGUUUUGGUGGAGGCCGAGACACAGGAAUCACUGGAUGCUGCUGCAGGGAUGGUAGAGAAGCUUUUACAGCCUGUUGAUGAGGUCCUCAACGAGCAUAAAAGACAACAACUUAGGGAACUUGCUGCUCUUAAUGGAACCAUAAGAGAUGAAGAGUAUUGCAGAUUAUGUGGUGAAUCAGGACACAGACAAUUUGCAUGUCCCUCCCGCAAUUCAACUUUUAAAAGUGAUGUUCUCUGUAAAUUAUGUGGAGAUGGUGGGCAUCCAACUAUAGAUUGUCCAGUCAAAGGGUCAACAGGUAAGAACAUGGAUGAUGAAUAUCAAAACUUUUUAGCAGAGUUAGGAGGAACAAUCCCUGAAUCUUUGACCAGUCAAAGCUGCUCGACUCUUGCUCUUGGUCCAUCUUUGAAGGAGUAUGAUGAAACAAACUUGUAUAUCGGGUCUUUGCCACUUGCAAUGGAUGAUGAAAGUUUGCUCCAACUGUUUGCACCUUUUGGUGAAAUUGUGAUGGGUAAGGUUAUUAGGGAUCGAUUGAGUGGGGCUAGUAAAGGGUAUGGUUUUGUGAAAUAUUCAAAUGUUGAGCAAGCUAAUACUGCUAUUGCUAAGAUGAGGGGUUAUAGUCUGGAUGGAAGAACAAUUGUUGUUAGAAUUGCUGGAAAGCCUCCUUCUCAAGUGGGUGUGGGAGUGACCCCACAAAUGCCUCCUCCAUAUUCAAAUUCAGCCCCUAAUUUUGUUCAGUAUUGUCCACCUCCACCUCCUACUUAUUCUCCUUACCAACCUCCACCUCCAUGUUCCACCAUGCGACCACCAUUACCAUUAUUACCAUUACCCUCUACAUAUGGAGGAGUACAAUAUCCUGCAACAACUGCAUAUCCAACAACUACAUUCGCUUAUGCACCUUAUUAUGGUGUACCUCCUGCAUCUGCACCUUUUCCUCCUCCUAGUAGUAAUACUAUCAACAUUGCAAAUGCUCCCUGGGCUUCAAAUUCAGCUGUUCCUCCACCUGGUGUUGGUGUUGUACCUGAGACAAAUACAUCUAGUGGGGACAUGGCAUAUGAGAAAUUCAUGGCAGAGAUGAGAUGA